AUAACAAAUAAAUAUAAAUAAAUGCACUAAGUGAAUAGAAAGCAGCAGUGGACAACAAACUGCACAACACACACGGCAACUGAAGAGUGAAAAUUGCAACAAAAUUGCUAGACCAACGAGCGUGAGUGUUGGUGUGUCGGCUUGUGUGUGUGUGUGUGUGUUGGAAUUUGCAAGUGUGUGUUCGGAGAUCAGCCAAAAAAAGCCGACAUCAACGUACGGGCACAAAAACAGCAAACGCUGCGCCCAUUUUUUGUUGUUGAUUCAUUAAAUACGAUACACACACGCAUACAAACCAAGGGGACAGCGAAAAGCACAGUCAACGCGCGUGUGUGUAUAUUUCUUUUUUACUCAUAUGUAUGCAUGUACGAAUGCCCGUGUGUUGGUGAGUUGGAGCAGUCAGUCCAGCAAUCUCCCCCAUAAUAAGUAGCCGACUCUCACACCAACACAAACGCAUUCGCAGCAGCAGAAGCAGCGACUGCGACAACGGCAGCAGAAGCAGCAGCAGCAAAGAAACAGUUACCGCACGAAAGAGCGCCGCAUUCACAACCGGAGCGGCAAAGGCAACGUCAUAAAUUUGUCAUCGCUUUUGGUUAUUUUCAAAUUAGGCACAUUUAUAUUUGAAAUCGACUUAGUAAAGAAAAAAUCAAACACAUUAAGUCAAGAUGAUAUUGCUGGAAAUCAAUAAUCGCAUUAUUGAGGAAACGCUCCUGGUCAAAUACCGCAAUGCACAGGCUGGACUCAAACCAGAAUCGAUAGAUAUACGAAUAGCAGACUUCGAUGGGGUGCUAUAUCAUAUGUCCAAUGUGAAUGGUGAUAAAACAAAAGUGCGGAUAAGCAUUUCGCUUAAGUUCUACAAACAGCUGCAGGAACAUGGCGCCGAUGAGUUGCUGAAACGGGAAUAUGGAAGUCUGCUGACCGAUACGGAAGAAGGUUACAAUGUUUCUGUACUUAUUAAUCUAGAUGAUAUACCCGCGGAUUGGGAGCAGAUUGCAAAGAGAAUUGGACUGCUGAAGCGCAAUUGUUUUGCCUCAGUGUUCGAGAAAUAUUUCGACUUUCAGGAACAGGGCGAAGAGACCCAAAAGCGAGCAGUCAUCAACUAUCGCAACGAUGAGACGCUCUAUGUGGAGGCAAAGCCUGAUCGCGUCACCGUUGUGUUCAGCACCAUCUUCAGGGACGAGGACGAUGUCGUCAUUGGCAAGGUAUUCAUGCAGGAAUUGAGGGAGGGACGACGUGCAUCCCAUACAGCGCCACAAGUGCUCUUCUCGCACCGCGAGCCACCCUUGGAAUUGGCUAACACCGAUGCCAGAGUGGGCGACAACAUUGGAUAUGUUACUUUCGUGCUAUUCCCUCGACAUACCAACAAGGAGACACGGGAUAAUACUAUCAAUUUAAUACACAUGUUCCGAGAUUAUUUGCAUUAUCACAUUAAGUGUUCAAAGGCGUACAUUCAUUCGCGCAUGCGCGCAAAAACCUCAGAUUUCCUCAAGGUGCUAAACCGUGCAAGGCCCGAAUCGAAGACUACGGAAAAGAAGACUAUAACGGGGAGAACAUUCAUACGCAAAGAAUGAUGCGCUCAGUAUAAUUAGUUGUUUUUAUAUAUAAAAAAUAUAAAAAUAAAAUUGUGUAUUAAAAAAAAAAAGAAAAGUAAAAAAAGAGAUAAACCGCAGAAUUUUGGCAAAUGUUUCCACAACAAAAUGGUGAAAAUAAACCCAAACCGUAAAUGCAAGUAAGAGAAAGUAUUCCAAAAUAGAUAAAUCUAAGCCGGAGCAAGUUAAUGAACAAUGAUGAUGAAAAUAUAAAUAGUUAUGCGUUAUUUAAAUUGUAUGUGACUGUGUGUGUUUGUCGAGUCAGAGAAUAUGUGGAACAGAAUCAGCGUGAAAAUUUGUUAACAGUCAGCGCCAAAAGUCAGCGUACACAUUAUAUGUAUAUCAAAACUAAAGAAUUGUCAAAAGAUGAAACAUUUUAAACUAAUUGCCUAAUAAAUCUAAGUGAAAAAGUAAUGUCGCAAACAA